AUUCCAAUGGCUGUUGCUUUCCAGUGGUGAUGCUUCGCCUGAUUGGGUUGAUCCGUAUUCUAUUCCAUGGUUUGACUUUCCGAGAGGGAGAUUAAAGCCUGCGCAUCACAAUUUACAGCCAUGCGUGAUAGUGGGCCUGAUGAGUGGUGAAUGCGUUUAAAACCAUCGCUUUGUUUCCGUUGUUGGAAAUAGGUAUUUUGUCAACAUUCCGAUUCUUCAAGGAAUUUCACCAGGAGAAUGCCGUGGCUGGGGUUGGACAGGAAAAGGUAAUUUCUUUUCCGUUGAACGAAAGAUUUGAAAGUUAUUACCGGGCUACACGGGCGUUAGAACGUUAAUGCGCGCCAUUUGUGUGCACUGGAAAUUUCGAAGGAGCCCUGGCAUUUGAGAGCCCAGUUUUGUCGCUCCCACUGUCUCUACCUUCAUUCGACUUCCUCGCCCGAGCUAUCAAUCUAAUGUUGUCACUUUCGAAACCACUAAGUUAGUGUUUCUGAAGAUUUCAUUGGACCAAUAGGACGUGUGAGAGUUACCGUUGGUGGGUCCGAAUUUUGAGGUUUCAGUGAAUCACCGUGUUGGCUCUGCUUGAUUCGGCUGUGCUUUGCUGUGCUUGGCAUCGCUUAGUUUUGAUGUUUCUGUAUUCCGAAGGAGGCUUGCCGGUGUAGAUAUGUGAAUUCUUUUACAUUUCGGUCUGAUGUAGUGUAGUGUAGGCGAGUUGAGAUUGUGUAGAGUGAAGUUAAGAAAGUAUGGCGCGGUGUGGGCGCCACAAGUAAUGCAGAAAGCGUGUGUCUAUGGUUGAUGUUUGACACGGACAGUGGCACGGGGCUUCAGAACUUCGGAAGAAUGAAUUGGGGACAACGAGGGAGUGCAAUGAAUUUCUUGUAGAUUUGAAGGGUUUAUGUAAUGCGGAUCGUUGCAGAUUUUCACAGGAGAAUGCGCACAGGUUCUACUUAGUCCUGUGGAAGAUUUAGUAUCGAAGUAACGCAGAUCCAUUGACUUGUCCAAUUUGAAAUUAGGGUGUAUGUCUUAAAGUCUCAAGGAAGCUCUUCUUGGGUUGUUUUAUUUCGACGAGUGCAACUUGAUUCCUACGAUGUAUUGUUAUCGCUUCCCCUCCGCCUUCUGCUUAUAUUUCUCAUCAUCAGAAUUAAUAGAGUGCGGGUUGUACAUCUCCCACCGGAGAUCCAUUGUUCUUCCAUUCAAGGUUUGAAAGGACGGGUCCGUCUCAACUUUCGACUAUUAAAUUCCUUCAAGCAGUCGUGAGAUUGUGUGCACAUUUGGAGCGGCUCGUGUAUGAUUUCAGAAAUUCGUGGGUGGGCUGGAACUCGUUCGGUAUUGGGGACUUCCACGGAAUCUGGUAGGGGCUUCCAACGGGUGAUUCGGUAUUAUGGAACCCCAGUACAUGACAUUGUGGGCCAACACAAGCAAUCACGACUAUAUUUUGUAACAGAGUGGGGGCACCUUGACGGUAGUGCAUCAUGCACAGGCAAGCUAUGCUCGUAUCUUUGUCACUGUCCCCAGCAUCCACUGCUGCAAAGAAUGAUAGACAUUGGGCUUUUCUGGAAGAGAUUGAUGCCCCACGAUGGGCAGAUUUGAAGGCCGAAGAAGCCUUAGCAAGAGCAGGAACAAUUGGAGACGACCCAUGGCUCCAUCGCAGCCAUUCGCACCACGAGGUCCCCCUCACAGAAAUUAUUGGCGCCCAGGUAACUGGCAAUAAAGACCGUGACGCGUGCGUCCGAAGGCUUAAACAGGAUAGGAAGAAGAGUCGUGGUAUUUUGAAAGGAAAGCUUGCUUUUGAUGGCGCCCCUGGGGUGAAAUGCCAAGGUACUACCAAGGAAGAGCGUCAUGACCAGAGUCCAAGAGCAGUACAUAGUCCAGGGCGCUACGAUACACAUGUUGAAUCCCCAAUUCAACGCAUUGCCUCACCUAUUUUAUGCAGAUCACCUGAAAACCUAUCAAGUUCCCGGAGGUUUACACCAUCUGCAACCUUUGGCAACUUAGGUUCAGCUGAUGGACUCGGGGUUCUACAGAGCUCCAAUUUGAGAUUCAACUUUCAGGACAACCAAAACGACAAUGGUUAUACGAGUGUGGAGUCGGACGUGCGGGGCAGCCAACUAGAGAUUGUGAAGAUUAGACACAACAGGUCCAUGUCAGUUUCAUCAGUGGGGAAAUUACAAGGUGAUUGUGAACAUGGAAAUAAAGUUGUCUAUACCAGUGUAAAUUGGCAAGACGCAAUUUUUUCUAGACUGAAUGAUUCGACCAGGCUACGUAAGAGUCUGGGUUCAGCACUUCGAGUGAAAAUUGAUGUCGCUGCCGACACUACCAGUACCAAUCGACAAGAAGCAGCCAUACUACCGAAAGCUAGACUGGUCCGGCAAAGCAUGCAGCUAGAUUCUGCAGUGCCGCCAGCGACGAGUAGUCCUGUGACAAGACCUGUCUCUCUUGAAUCUGACCACAGUUCGUCGAAUCCCAGUUCUCGAGCUAAUGGGGUUCGUUCAAGUGACGGUAGUUCUUGUUUGGAACUUGCCAAUGAAUCAAGUGCCAAUUCUUCUGUUCAAGCGUUUGAUGAUAUUCGUAGAAUGAGGAAAAGCUGGGGGCCUGCAUUACGGGUAAUAGUCGGUGACGAUCUUGCGGUUGAAGACGUCAAUUCCGAGCAUGAAGUUUCUGAAGUUCCUCCAGUUUCUAAUGCAAAGGUAGAUAGGUCGUCUCUGAAGCUUGAUAAAGUAGCAACUGACUGCCCAUCAACUGUGGACCUGAUAGUUGUUCAAACUAAGCCAGAAGAAAAGUUCGCUGAUGUCAAGGUGCCAGCAGUGGCUCUAUCCAAUGAGCGCAGACCACACCAUCAUCCUGGUAGGAAGGUUGCAUUUAACCAAGUAAAGGAUCUUGAACAGGCUUCAACUAAAGUCGUUGCAGCUCGUGCAAAAAUGAAUUUCAGGCGGUCCUUUUCAUUUGACCAUACUUCAGGCCGUGGGACAGAGAAGACAUUUACAUCGUCUCGAAACCUGCUGCAUCAAAAGCAAGCCUCAAGAACUUCUCAAUCUCCCAGCUCCCGUUCUAGUGGACUUGGUGGUAAAGUAGACAAAGUUAGUCGCCUCAGUAAGCGAGGUAAAGAAAAUGCUAGUAUAGACUCUUCAAACAAGACAAAUCUCAAUCCAGCAGAACCAUCAGCAGCAUCGCCCCGAAUGAGUUGCCAGUCCGCUACGAGGAUGAGUAUGCCGAGCAUAACAUUCGCUGCCCAUGCAAGGGUUGCCAUGAGAGAAAACGGAGGAUCUAAUCCCAAACCAUGCAGUAGUAGCGUUGUAGAAAUAAAGAAAGCAGGUUCUAGUAAAGUUGCGUCAUCCACUGCUGUAUCUGCAGCUAGGAAAAGUGUAUCAGGGUUAGAGAAUGGGACUAGGAAGAAAACGAUUGCUACUCCUGGUCCAGUAACGAAUCUUCAUAAAGCGGGAAGCAGGCAGUCCGCCUUGCGGUCAAGCAUGCCGGUUUUUUCCUCAGUCGGCAUGAAGCAGGCUAGCAAGACUGUUUCUGGAGCUCGGGUUAGCGAUAAGAAAGAGGAAAAAAUGGGUGGUAAAAUCGUCAACGGGGAUGCUGACCUAGCUGCCCUACUAGCAGAGCACAAUCGCAAGUUUCGACCGAAGCCCAAAUAUGAGCCCAGAAUCCAUCCGGUGAAGGACAUCAAAGAGUGGGAGACUAGAACUGGGCAGCUGUUCUAUAAUUUGCCGCCAGCGGAGCGUGAGAAAGCGAACAUAGAAAUUAGUGCCGCAAAGCAAACGCGGCAAAAGCAAGUGCCGUGUUGAAACACCUUCACAACUUCAUGCAACAAAUAAGUAGUGUUGUCCGUGGAUGGGUUCCGGUUGACUUGUAACAUAAAUUUGAGUAAAAUGCUCUGAGCAGACAUUGUACAGA